AUCCGAAAGUCGCAGGAAGUGGUCAGUAAUUUACAGAUCGCAGUAUCGCACUCAAGGUACCUAUUAGCAGUGAACAAAUUUUCGCGCGUCUGUCGUGCUGUAGUCAUACUUCGUCAGCAUGGUAAAUCGCGUGUGUUGAAACAUCCAGAGUCGUCCGUUAUUGCAGCCUCCUGGUGACGGUUCUUGGAUACAUCGGAGUGCACUUUGCUUGAAGCAAAAAAAAUGGAGUGGCUCCGAUUUGCAGCACUAGUGUUACUAGCAUCAAUCGCGUGUGGUCGCGAAACGUGGCAAAAACCAGGAUGCCACAAAGUAGGGCACACGCGCAAAAUUAGCAUUCCGGAUUGCGUCGAGUUUUCGAUAACGACCAACGCCUGCCGCGGAUUUUGCGAAUCGUUCGCCGUCCCGUCGGACCCAUUUGCCGUGGGGCAGCACAAACCGAGCCAACCGGUGACAUCGGUCGGCCAGUGCUGCAACAUCAUGGAAACGGAGGACGUCAAGGUGCGGGUGCUUUGCGUCAACGGAAUUCGCAAUCUGACCUUCAAAUCGGCAACCAACUGCUCGUGCUACCACUGUAAAAAGGACUGACGAUUGGUUGAGGCGUAGGAUAGAGCAAACGCCGGAACGUGGGCAAAGUGAUGACUGUUAUUCUAAUAGUGUUAUAAUUGCAAAAUUAUUUACCUCUGAGCCACCCUUAUGCAUUAGUGUGAUGACCAUGUGCAGUUCGUGUUAAGUGAAGUCUUCCCGAAGGGAUACUUGAAAUUACUGUAUAUUAAUGUACAUUAGCAGAUGAAAUAAAACUAUACAUAUAUUUUCACA